AUGGCGACAUUUUGGGUUAUUUGCCUGGUUCCUUUGGUUCUGCUGGUGGCCAAGCUGUUCGAUCGGGCGCCGCCCAAGAUUUUCGGCGUCUACAGCCGCCCGGGCGGCCUCUUCUGGCCCAAGGCCGUGUGGAUGUUGGGGCUGCUGUGGCUCAAGAGGCUGGCCGGGAGGCUGCGCCCCCAGGCGCCCGACUACUACACGGCGUUGGAACGCCCCCAGCCACUCCCCGACACUGCGCUGGCAGUGGACGCGGUCUAUUUCAACGCCACCAAUCGCGAGGGCGACUGUUUGUUCGUAGGCACGGCGCGCCGCCCCUUGCGACUAGUGGACACCUUCCUCUACCUCAAGGUGGGGGAGUUGGGGCUGCUGCAGCUGCCCCUCCUGCCCGACUCCGCCCACUUCAACACGGGGGAGGAGCUGAGCUAUCAGGCGGGCGGCGUGCACAUCAAGUGCCUGGAGCCGAUGAAGGUCUGGACUGUGGAGUACCAGGGGGAGCUGCGCGAAGCCGACGACCCCGCCCGACUGCAUGACGUCACCAUUAAGGGCGUGUUCACCUCGGGGGAGCCUUGCUUCAACUCGUCGACCGACCUGGACGUUUGGAGCAUGGCCAAGGCGCUGGCGCUCGAGCCCUGGAGCCGCGCCUUCUUCAAAAACGUCAAAGCGGCGCACCAGCUGCACUACGAGCAGUUCGGCGUGUUGGAGGCCGACGUCCAAGUGGGCGGGGCCGCCUUCAAGCUGCGCCUGGACACGAUCUCGCUCAUUCUGUUUCAGAUUUCGCGCAUUCCGCAGAUCGCGCAGUACGCGAUCACGCAGUCGCACGUGGGCCGAGCGGUGCAGGUGGGGGAAAAGGCGGGCGUGCUGCGCUACGUGGGCGUGGUCCAGUUUGCCAAGGGCGUGUGGUGCGGGGUGGAGCUGAACAGCGCCUGCGGCAAAAACAACGGCACCGUGAAUGGCGUGUGGUACUUUGAGUGCGCGCCGCGGCGCGGCCUGAUGGCGCCACUGGCCAAGGUGUCCCUGACGGAAGCAGCGCCCCACAGCGGUUCCGGCCCGUACUCGAUCCUCUGCGGGCUGGAGGGCGACGGCGACGCCGCCAAACGGCGCCGCACCACCGCCAGCAGCAGCAUGGAGCCGGCGCAGAAGCCCACCUCGCUGCCGCUAGAGGGCGACAGCGGCAAGCGCGACUCGCUCGACUGCGAAGAGUCGCUGGGCAUCCUCACGCCCGACCAAAUGGUCGACUUCACGCAGUGCUCCGCCCUCGACUACGACAAGCUGUUCGAGGGGGCCGGGCAGAGCCCCACCAACCCCGAGUUCAGCUUCCUGCUUAAAACGGACACAACCAUGAAUCUGGAGUUGAGUCUGGACCCGUUGGGGGCGCGCGGCGACGACACGCCCUCCCCCGAGGAGCUGCCGCUCGACGCCACGCCCCUCGUCAAGGCGGAGGCGGCCAAGGGGGGCGGGGCCAAGGCGAGCAGCAUCAUCACCAGCAUAACGAGCAUCACCAGCCUGGACACCGGCUACCAGGGGGACGGCGAGAUGUCGCGGCCGGCCAGCAGGGGCGCUGACAACUCGCCGCUCACGCGCCGCCCCUUCUGCCGGGGGCUGGCGCGCCGCCCCGACCCCAUGACCGACUCGGACUUCUACACCGAGAGCGACGCGGACAACCACGAUGAUGCGCAGGCGAAGGGCGACCGGCUGGCGCAGGKGAUUGACGGCACGCUCUAUGCGGCGCAAGCCGCCUCCGACGUCUACGUCAACAGCCGCGAGAACAUGGACUCGAGUGGCGUGUUCACCGACAUGGACUCGGGGCCGCGCCCAGACGAGGAGAGCGAGACGGGGGCGCCGCAGGCCCCCAGCGACGCGCCCACGCCCACUGACAGCAGCAAAUGCGCCUCCGACAACAGCCAGCAGCCCAAGCAGGGGGCGCAGCCCCUCGCAGCGCCCAAGAAGCCGCCCAAGCCGCAGCCGGGCGAGAAGCGCCCCGUGAAGAAGCCGGUCAACAAGUGGGACGCGGUGAUGAGCAAAAUCUCCAAGGGCGACGACCCGAAGGGCCGCCUCAAGGAGGUCAAGGCCAAGGUGUACGAGGCGCCCAAGGUGAAGAAGCCGCUGGUGGCGAAGCGGGCGACCGCCAGCCGCCCCCGGGCCGCCGCCGCCCCGCCCAGUCGCAGUCCAGGUGCGACGAAGAAGAGCGCGCCAGUGACGCAGGUGCUGACGCCUAGGGAGCUGGCCGCCAAGCAGCAGGCCGACGGCGAGUCCAAGGGCGGGGCAAGGGCAAACCACGCCCCAAUCGGCGCUGUUGCCGGCAGGAAGACGCCCAAGGACACGACGUCGCCCAAGCCGCGCAAAGACGCAGGUGCCAAGGGGGGCGCAGCCCCCAAAAAGCCCGCGCCGCCCCCGCGGGUGGCCGAGGCGCUGGCCGUUCUGGUGCAGCACUUGGUCUUCACCGUGGAGGCGUUCCAGGUGCCGCGCCUACGCCGCCAGGUGGAGAAGCUGCGCCUGGAGGCGGAGCAAGUGCGGCGCGGCCGGCGCGUGUUGGACGAGGCGCUGCAGGAGGAG